GAGAUGGCAGAGGAUCCUCGAAGCGAGUCGUUUGCCUUUCACCAACAGCCUCAGAUAGACGACGGCUCGAGUUGAGGUUCCGACGCAGGGGCUGCUGGGUCACUCCAUGGAAAUUCCAGUACCUCGGGGCUCUACUUGAGGCUACAUGGACGUGCGGUAAGGACUGGCAGCCAACUGGGAGGAGAUGCAAAGGCAACCCCAUCCCACACUGCACGGAUUAUAACGCAGUGACACCCUGGGAAUAGCCAGAAAUAACCGAUGAAUGCUGCUGGGGGUUUACACCAAACCCGGUGUGCGUGCUAUCUAAAUUCGACGAAAAAUGAAGAGGGACUUAAUUGUCUAUACUAGAAAUACGAAACUUAAUAUCGACGUCCGCAGCACUUGCAGAUUUGGAGGAGUAAAAUAAAUAAACCGAGCCGGUAAAAACUUGCUCUCCUAGCCAAUGGGAUUUUUUUUUCGCCCUCUACCGGCCUUCCUGAACGGACUUUGUGCCCACUGCGCAUGCGCCCACCGUCAGCCUCGCACGGUUAGCAGACAGCAGGCGAAAUGAUCUCUGUGAAAGUUUCUGCUAUCCCCAACUCCAACCCUAACGGCCACGGCAAGAAAACCAAACGAAAAGGCAAAAAGGACCGCAAGACAGUGGGAGACCUCUCGAACCUUCAGCCUGAACUCCAGAGCCCAAACAAUGAGGACCUAUUUGAGAUUUUCAACCUUCCACCUUCCACUACACCACCAGCCUCUCCCCCUCCUCCACCACCACCUCCACCUCUUCUGCCAAUACCUGUUGUUUUACCACUUCCACCACCCUCUCUGACCCCUCCCCCUCCUAUGCUAACCCCACCCCCUGCCAACUUUACACCACCACCGACAGAACUUCUUGGAUCAGAUGAUGAAGAACAGGAGGACCCAUCAGAUUACUGCAGAGGGGGCUAUUAUCCUGUUAAAAUUGGGGAUCUUUUCAAUGGUCGUUACCAUGUGGUUCGUAAGCUUGGAUGGGGACACUUCUCAACUGUAUGGCUCUGCUGGGAUAUCAAUCGGAAACGCUUUGUUGCACUGAAAGUGGUGAAGAGUGCCCAGCAUUAUACUGAGACCGCACUGGAUGAGAUAAAACUUCUGAAAUGUGUAAGAGAUAGUGAUCCUACAGAUCCCAAACGGGAGAAAGUUGUACAGCUCAUCGAUGACUUCCGAAUCUCUGGUGUCAAUGGAGUGCAUGUCUGUAUGGUGCUUGAAGUACUAGGCCAUCAGCUACUGAAAUGGAUUAUCAAGUCCAACUAUAUGGGGCUGCCAAUUCCCUGUGUGAAGAGCAUCCUGCGGCAGGUUUUGCAAGGCCUGGAUUAUUUGCACACCAAAUGUAAAAUCAUUCACACUGACAUCAAACCAGAGAACAUCCUCAUGUGUGUUGAUGAUAUCUACAUCCGCAGGAUGGCAGCUGAGGCCACUGUAUGGCAACAGUCCGGAGGGCCACCACCCUCUGGCUCUGCAGUAAGCUCCGCCCCUCAGGAGAAGCAGACAGGUAAGAUUUCAAAGAAUAAGAAGAAAAAGAUGAAGAAGAAGGAGAAGAGACAACAGCGACUACUUGAAGAAAGACUUCAAGACAUUCAGAAAAUGGAGGAGUUAGAUGGGUCUUCCCUACCCUCUCCUUCCCUCCCACUGUGUACUCAGAGCCCACCUCCACCACCACCUUCCCUGACCUGUACUACCUCAGGCAGCAAUGGAGUCUUGCAUUCACAGAGAAAUUUCUGUCCUGUCUGCUCUCCCGUAAGAGGAAGCCUUCUAUUGGAAGAACAGGAGUUUGAAGGUGGGUUGGAAAAGCAGCCUAUUGAGAAUUCAAAUCCUCAACACCUUCUAUCCUCAUUCCCUAAGACAUGCAAAAUAAAUGGAUGCCAAACUGGAAGCUUGGAAAGUGCUGCCUGUAGUCCGUCAAGCGCUACUUCUUCUGGACUAGGUUAUGAAGGUUGUAAUGGCCACACAUCUUCUGGGUAUGGGCGUUUCACCAGCCCCGAGUCUCAGCUUUCAGAGAUGUCUGGGUCUCUUCUUUCACCUACGUCAGGCUCAGCUUUAUCUGGGUACUCCACUGAACAAGACAGCAGGAGAGGAGUCCUUUCACCCAAUACUUUCAGUGCUGCAGAUUUUCUCUUGAAUCCACUGGAUCCUCAGAAUGAAGAUAAACUUAAUAUCAAGAUAGCUGAUUUAGGCAAUGCUUGCUGGGUGCACAAGCACUUUACUGAGGACAUUCAGACACGGCAAUACCGUUCUAUAGAGGUUCUGGUUGGAGCAGGGUAUAGCACUCCUGCUGACAUCUGGAGCACAGCUUGCAUGGCUUUUGAGUUGGCCACUGGUGACUACUUGUUUGAGCCUCACUCUGGUGAAGACUACACUCGAGAUGAAGAUCACAUUGCUCAUAUCAUUGAACUUUUGGGAGUGAUCCCACCUCACUUUGCACUGUCUGGAAAAUAUUCUCGAGAGUAUUUCAACAGAAAAGGAGAGCUGCGGCACAUCACAAACCUAAAGCCCUGGGGCCUGUAUGAAGUACUACUGGAAAAGUAUGAAUGGCCACUGGAGCAAGCUGCUCAGUUCAGUGAUUUCUUGCUACCCAUGAUGGAAUACAUCCCUGAAAAACGAGCCACUGCUGCUCAGUGCCUCCAGCACCCUUGGCUGAACUCCUAGCCUCAGAGACAAAGGCUCUUGCCAACUUCUGCUCCCUGUUUUGGUUAACCAACAUGACCCUGUCCUGCCGGAGACAUAUGGGGAGGGAAAAAUCCAUAAUAAUGUGACUCUUUACAUUUGAAUUAAGAACCUGAUACCUCACACCCUGUGAAAAAGAUUGAGAUUUUCUGCAAGAAACAUUGCCUGCUACACAUUAUUUCAAGUUUGAUUCUUAUUUUUUAUUAAAAAAUGGAUGUUUUCACCUCUGAGAGACUUAACCAGUGCCUUGAAAAAAAUGUUUUUGACUUCAGCACAAAAGUGGAUUUUAUUGAGCCUCCCCUGGAAUCGGUGUAUGCCAUCCCAGCCAUAGGAGCUGUAGGCAGGCCAAGACUUCACUAAAAGUGGAGCCCUGACCCAUGGUGGCCUAGGAGAUGUCAUCAGGUGAAAGAAAAUGAGUAUUUAAAGGACUUUAAAUGGAAGCGGGUUUUAGCAGUUUACAUAUGAGAGAAAGCUCUAGUAGGAAGAAGCAAGGUCAAGAAUCAUGCGGUCAAAGUUGGUCAUCUGCAAGGCUCUGGAAGCUAAUGUUGCAGUCAGUCAGUGGAAGUUCAGCAGGGAUGGAAUGAAAAGAAGGCUCAGAAAUUAACAGAAUCAUGACUGAGUUGUUGUAGUAACCUCACAGCCCUGUGGUAUUUUUUCCGGACUGGCCACCCAUCUUUUAUUGGAGUGGUACCAUGUUUUAUGUAAACCAAAGUACUACAUACAUUGUAUAUGUGUAGUCUUCAACAAAAUAUUUUAAGGAAAAUGCACUCCGUCUCUCUCUUUUGUUAUUAUUUUUUUAACCAGUUUCCAUUGUUCAUUUAUUGUGGAUCGCAAUACAAAGCUGUGCUACUCGGCUCCAAAAAACAAAUCUGGGAAAUUAUGUUGGGCCAGUAAACCAACAAGUAUAA